AUGUUCUGGUACGGGUGGACUGCCGAAAGAAAGAUACAUUGGAUUAUGCCUAAUAUUGGCACCUCAAUCUUCAUAGCUGGAGCACUUGCAUGCACAAUCUCCCUGAAUGCGUAUGUCAUCGAUACAUAUGGAAGGUAUUCGGCAAGUGGACUAGCGGCUGUCUCUACCAUGAGGUGUAUUGCAGGGUUUACAUUUCCGAUGUUUGCCCCCUAUAUGUACUCUUCACUAGGUUAUGGAUGGGCAGGAAGCACUCUUGGCUUCAUUGCCCUUGUUAUCGGCCUGCCCGCCGCAGUUCUACUGGGGAUUUAUGGGAAGUUUCUACGGAGCCAAAGCCCCUACGCUUCCAACGGUACUCAAGAUUGA